AUGAACAAGACUGUAGAUUGGAUCCAACAAAUCCAGAUCUUACAGGAGUUCAAAACCGACCCAGUUUUGCUGGUUGAGAUGUGUGUAAAUCCUUAUGAAAUGCAAUUCUCACACAUUGGAUCCGCUUAUCUAUGUGUACAGGACUCUCAUGCGAACAUUCCUGGUUCCCAGCACGAACGACCGUGUGAAUCAGCAGCAGAUCUGGGCGCGGCGCUGCUGAACGCAUUCGACGUGAACCCGGCAUGCGAAGUGGCCCCACCGAAUCUGUAUCAGUGUCGUCGUCGCCUUUUUUUCUUAAACAAGUGCCUCCAAAGAUAUCGUCUUGAUACUGUAACAGUAUCUUGA